ACGUGACUAAACCUGCCAAGUUCGUAAGCGGUAGCCAGAAUCUAAACCUGGAUAGUCCGGUCCCGGGGAUAGGUUCUUAACCACAAAGGCAUUUUCUAAAAUUUUUAAAAGUACAGAAGCACAGGAAAGAGACAUUUUGGCCAGAAUAAGGGUUAAGGGAAGGCUUCAUGGAUGAAGUGGCAUUCGCUCUGGGUCUUGAAGGUCAACAGAUGGACAGGGCUCCUGGGGAGGAAGGACUCGAACGGGGAAGGAACAGCCUGACGAAGAGGCACUUUGGGUACCAGCCAGCUGACGACAGCAAGAUCAGGUCCGGUGCGCGCGGGAGGAAGCUGGGAAGGGACGCCGCGCCCAGAUCCCGAGGUCCUUGAGCACCAGGCCCUCUGCAAGGAACCGGGGAGGAAAAUCUCAAACUAUUAAUAGAAGAGCGGCAAAAAGGAAUUCGUGGACACCCCUCCCUGUUGGAAGGACUUUCCCUGCCAGAGACCAAGGCUGGCAGCACAGCUACACUUCCCUCAGAGGGAAACAGCCGACCAAAGUGGUCAAGGUCGCCCGCGCGGGCUCGGGAGCUGUACGUCCUGGCCGAACACUCGCGUCCCGAGCACAGACGCUGCGUAUUUGGCUGCUAGCCCGUGCCCGCCAGGCCGGGCCUGGCAGCGCCAACACCUGCUCGGCGGGAACAGGAAGACCUGUCCUCGGGAACUCCCUCCGGCCACCUCCCCGUAUCCUCCAGGUCCUCGAAGGUCGAACAGGCGUCCUCUCCUGGACACCCGCCGCGCGCUCGGCUCCUCCCCUCCGCGGGGAGACCGAAGGAAUAACAGCCUCUGCGAUAGGAGCACGCUCUACCAAUCAACCGUAGUCUCCGCCCACGCCUAAGCCGGAGUAAAUUGCAUUGGUUACAUCAUUCUCGGCCGCCGAUAAGAUUGUUUUCUUGGAUUGGCUAAUAGCGUUCCUUCCCGCCUGGCUCUUCGUCGUCACAAGCUGCCGAUUGGUUAAUCGCGUUACCAAGCUCUGGACGCGGCUCGACCAUUGGAGGCCGCGGGCCCGCCCCCGUCGGCUAGGUGAAGGUGAGAGUCUCCUCCAGUCGCAGCGGCCAGACCUGACAGGCCAGCUCCGGGCGCAGGGUGAAAGGGUUCGAUUCCUGCUCUCUCGAUAUGGCGCCUCCGUCAGUCUUUUCCGAGGUUCCGCAGGCCCAGCCUGUCCUGGUCUUCAAGCUCACUGCCGACUUCCGGGAGGAUCCGGACCCCCGCAAGGUCAACCUGGGAGUGGGAGCAUAUCGCACCGAUGACUGCCAUCCCUGGGUUUUGCCAGUAGUGAAGAAAGUGGAGCAGAAGAUUGCUAAUGACAAUAGCCUAAACCACGAGUAUCUGCCAAUCCUGGGCCUGGCCGAGUUCCGGAGCUGUGCUUCUCGUCUUGCCCUUGGGGAUGACAGCCCAGCUCUCAAGGAGAAGCGGGUAGGAGGUGUGCAGUCUUUGGGGGGAACGGGUGCACUUCGAAUUGGGGCUGAUUUCUUAGCGCGCUGGUACAAUGGAACAAACAACAAGAACACACCCGUCUACGUGUCCUCACCAACCUGGGAGAAUCACAAUGCUGUAUUUUCCGCUGCUGGUUUUAAAGACAUUCGGUCCUAUCGCUACUGGGAUGCAGAGAAGAGAGGACUGGACCUCCAGGGCUUCCUGAAUGAUCUGGAGAACGCUCCUGAGUUCUCCAUCAUUGUCCUCCAUGCCUGUGCACACAACCCAACUGGGACCGACCCAACUCCGGAGCAGUGGAAGCAGAUUGCUUCUGUCAUGAAGCACCGGUUUCUGUUCCCCUUCUUUGACUCAGCCUAUCAGGGCUUUGCAUCUGGAAACCUAGAGAGAGAUGCCUGGGCCAUUCGCUAUUUUGUGUCUGAAGGCUUCGAGUUCUUCUGUGCCCAGUCCUUCUCCAAGAACUUCGGGCUCUACAAUGAGAGAGUUGGGAAUCUGACUGUGGUUGGAAAAGAACCUGAGAGCAUCCUGCGAGUCCUUUCCCAGAUGGAGAAGAUUGUGCGGAUUACUUGGUCCAAUCCCCCCGCCCAGGGAGCACGAAUCGUGGCCGACACCCUCUCUAACCCUGAGCUCUUUGAGGAAUGGAAAGGUAAUGUGAAGACAAUGGCUGACCGGAUUCUGACCAUGAGAUCUGAACUCAGGGCACGACUAGAAGCCCUCAAAACCCCUGGGACCUGGAACCACAUCACUGAUCAAAUUGGCAUGUUCAGCUACACUGGGUUGAACCGGGAAAGAAGGAAAGCUGUAAUUGCCAUACAAUUGCUGAGCCUCCACUGCUUUAAGGAUCCCCUCUGCUCUGAUUAUGUCUCCUUUUGGUUUUCAACAGCCAAGCAGGUUGAGUAUCUGAUCAAUGAAAAGCACAUCUACCUGCUGCCAAGUGGUCGAAUCAACGUGAGUGGCUUAACCACCAAAAAUCUAGAUUAUGUGGCCACCUCCAUCCAUGAAGCCAUCACCAAAAUCCAGUGAAGAAGCACCACCCGUCCAGUACCACCAAAGUAGUUCUGUCAUGCGUGUUCCCUGCCUGCACAAACCUACAUGUACAUAUCAUGGAUUAGAGACACUUGCAGGACUGGAAGACUGCUCUGGUGAGGCGGCCUCUGUUUAAACCGUCCCCACGUGAAGAGAACAUCCCUUGAGACGAAUUUGGAGACUGGGAUUAGAGCCUUUUGGAGGUCAAAGCAAAUUAAAAUUUUUAUUUAAGAAUAAAAGAGUACUUUGAUCAUGAGACAUAGGUAUCUUGUCCCCCUGGCUAAAAGGCAGGAGUAUUGCGUGUGGCAACCACGUGCUUCUGUGUGGUGUUUGACUCUGUACAAAGUCUAGUCCCAAAGAUCAAGUUGUCUGAAGGAGCCAAAGUGUGAAUGUGGGUGUCGGCUGUGGCAUUAAACUCAUCAUCUCAACCCAGAGUGUCUGGUCUGCCUGCUCUUUCUGCAUGGUUGUGUCCCUAGUCCUAAGCUUUGGUUCUUUAGGGCGACUGUGUUAAGAAGGAUAUUUAAUCAUGACACACACAUAUUUAACUGAAACAGAAGUUUGACCAAACAGUAUUCACUCGUGAUGUGUGUAGUGCGUUCUAUUUUUGAGCCAUUCUACUGUGUUCUACUUCACCUAAAAAAGUAAAAUAAAAAUGUUGAUCAAGA